UCCUUCCUUAAACUAUGUAUGUGUAUUGACUUUUCUGGGUAGUCAAACAUAGAUUAGAGAUUUUGCAAAGAUGAAAAGUAAUGUUGGAAACCCUAAUAAUUAUAAUGGCGGAAACAAGAAGAUGAUAUUGAAGAACAAAAAAAGAUUAGGGGGUGGUGUUGGUGGGCUUUCACUUGAUGCAUUUGCAAAUGCUAAAUCCAUGAAUGAUGGAUAUAAUCCUGCUAUAAUUAAGAAGCGAAGGGAGUUCUACAAAAAUGCAAAAUACGUCAGCAAGUACAAGAAGAUACAGAAGCAACCAAACCAAGGGGAAAGUUCUUCCCAAGCUACAAAACUCAUAGAGGAUGGAAGUCAAAAUAGGGAAGGUGGCAAGACACGCCAAUGGAAGCAGAAACAAGGGAAGAAGACGGAGUACAGUUUAGAUGCAAUAUAUAAUAAGAAGCGAGAAGAGGAAGAGAAGGCGAGAAUGGAAAAGGAGGCUAUAUUAAAAGCAAAAAAAGAGGAGAAAGAAAUAUCAGAAGCUCGUCGUAAAGCUCGGAGAGAAAAUAUGUUCAAGAGAACAAGAUCAGGUCAACCAAUAAUGAAGUACAGGAUUGAACAUCUGUUGCAGACAAUCACAGGCUCAAAAGAUUAAAUGGGAAUCCAUUUCUUGUAUCUACUGUAGUGUUUUUUCUUGUAAUGCUCUAAAGUUUUGUCAUUAAUGAUGCUUUUAACCCAUAUACUUUACCAGCCCUUUGGUAUCUCUCCUCAUCUUUAAUCUAACACUUUUGUAUAAGUUCUUUUUGAGAUCUUUAAUUAGAAGUUCAAUGUGACUACACA